GGGCGGGGCUCCAGUCCUCGCUCUGCCGUCACGCGCCGCAGCCUCCUCAGUCGGUGGAAAGUCUCCUCGGAGGGUUUAACGUUUCAAGCAGCGCGUGAGCGUCUCCAGAAGCUGCGGACGCGCGAGGAUCGCUGUUAGUUUCCUGGCUGUAAACGUGACGGACGUCCUCCUCCUGCUUCCUGUGGCGUCUUCACAUCUGAAUCUUCUGCAGGACCACAGAAAACCACCAUGAGCGAGCGCUUCGACUGCAGGAACUGCAGCGAGUCCUUGUAUGGGCGUAAAUACAUCCAGGUGGAGGAGAAGCCGCACUGCAUCCCUUGCUACGACCGGCUGUACGCCAACACCUGUCACCAGUGUAAAGACAUCAUCAGCCACAACACAAAGGAGCUGGUCUACGAGGACCGGUAUUACCACGAGCAUUGCUUCCGAUGUUUCCGCUGCGACCGCUCGCUGGCCGACGAGCCCUUCACCAGCCAGGAGGAGGCGCCAGUGUGCAGCGACUGCUACUGCAGCGAGUUUUCCUCCAAGUGUGUGGCCUGCGACAAAUCCGUGGAGCCAGGAUCUAGGAUGUUGGAGUACGGUGGCUCCACGUGGCACGAGGACUGCUUCGUGUGUCACGGCUGCGAGAAGCCGAUCGGAGCCAAGUCCUUCAUCCCAGACAAGAAGAGCUUCUACUGCACGUCGUGCUACGAGGGCCGGAUCGCUCCUCAGUGCAGCCACUGCAAGAAGGCUCUGACCAAAGGAGGGGUGACCUACAGGGACGAGGUGUGGCAUAAGGAGUGCUUCUUCUGCAGCGGCUGCAGAGCCCCGCUGGCCGGCCAACCCUUCACCUCGCAGGGCGAAAGUCCGUACUGCGUCAAGUGUUUCAGCAGCCUGUACGCCAAGAAGUGUGCCGGCUGCAACACGGCCAUCACAGGAUUCGGAGACGGGAAGUACGUUUCGUUCGAGGAGCGGCAGUGGCACCAGCCAUGCUUCAAGUGUUCCUGCUGCUCCGUGUCGCUCGUGGGCUCCGGCUUCUUCCCCGACCGGGACAAGAUCCUGUGCACGGACUGCCACGAUGACGAGUAACCUGCAACGCUGCUGAGAAGCAGCAGGACAGGCUGGAAACGUCCGUCUCUGCAGCACCACUCAUUUCCUCCCCGCCGACCUGAAACAGACUCGGCUUGAACUCUGAACUCUUCCUGGUCUCCACGUCCGUGUAGAAGCUGCAGAAAGGGCUGUGAUCUCCAGCUUUUUCUCUCUGUUUUCAUAUAGCACACAAAGAAUUAAAGAUUUAAGUUUCUGUCACUUAA